CAAGCACGGCUCAGUUAUUUGUGAACAUCCUCAGAAGAAAGUGUACAACCUUUGAAGCAACAUGAAACAUACAAUCAUUCUCAUCAGCACGCUGUUUCUACUGACGAUAACUGUAUCAAGUGAUUCGAUUGAAUCAGCAUGCAAACAGUUCAACCGACAGAUAAGUAUCUAUCGUCCCCAAGGAGUGGUGGUAAAUCAACGCAUGAGAAGAAAUUUAGUUGGCCUCGAGAUGGAGGUGUACAUUAAUCAAGAGGAACGAUCGAACCCGAUGUGUGACCUUUGCGCCAAUGCUACGAUGUCGGGUCGACGAAGAAAGCUGCUGCAGGUUAACAAGCCACAUGUGCUGGUGCUUCCGGGCGAUAACUUUCAGUACACGGUUACCAAACGCUACCGUAAUGGGCUUCCGGCCCAAUUGAGCUGUAAAUUUAGAGUUAGUGGUGAUCGGAUGAUACAUUCGCAUCCAGCAGUACGCCAUUGUCCAGAAAAUGCUCCGCGGAGCAAUGUAGUCCGUGAAAUCAAUUAUGCCGCUGAAAAGCGCUUACUAGAGGACACAAUUAACGAACUGCUAACAGCCUGUGAGGCUGCUGGAACAACCAAAAUGCUUAUCCUGCUGGGUAACUAUCAGGACAUUGAGUCGGAAAAGGCUCUGAAACGUUAUGUGAUAGGUCAGCUAGAAUCACUACUUCCCUCGGUCGAAUGGGACGGUACGGUAGAGAACGUGUACCGCUCAAAUGGACGGUUCGUUUUUGAAGUUAAAACGGCACUGAUGAAGCUGAAAAUACUUCACCUCGUCCGAGGUGCUGAGGCAGCCGCAAGCAUCGUGGAUUAUGACAAACAGGCCCGUUCGACGUACGAUCGUGACGACUAUUUUGAUGAGGAUUACGACGAGCAUGAGAGUACGACGGGCGUAGUUGAAGUAAUGUUUUAAGGCAGCAAUAAAGUAGAGUAGGAAGGCAAUGCAAAAAAA